AUGUCGCCAACAUCACCAUCCUCAAUUGAUACGGGAGUACUGAACUCCCCGAUCGAUGACCCGCAGCCCCCGCCGUCUCCUAUCCAGUCGGCCUCCGUGAUGUCGGGCGUCCAUGAUGUGAGCGCGGCUCAGGCAUGUGGAGAAGUUGACCACGUCUCGGACCAGCCGCCAUCUGCCGGCGCCAACUCUAACAUGCAAGCACAGCAGCCCGGACAAUCCAUUCUCGUCAAGCGAGAGAAUACGAUCAACCCAGUCUCGAAGAGCCCCACCUCUUCAUCCCUCAAGGACGAGACUGGUGCGAACAUUGCCAUGGGUGAAAUCAAGGAGAUGGACCUGGACGAUUAUAUCAAGCGAUUGCUGGAUGCCGCCUACGCCGGCAAAGUCACAAAGAGCGUCUGUCUUAAGAACGCGGAAAUUGUGGCUAUUUGCCACAGAGCUCGGGAAGUCUUUCUGUCUCAGCCUGCUCUUCUUGAACUGGAUGCACCUGUCAAGAUUGUCGGUGACGUACACGGGCAAUACACUGAUCUCAUCCGCAUGUUCGAGAUGUGUGGAUUCCCCCCAAGCGCGAACUUCCUAUUCCUUGGCGACUACGUUGACCGUGGGAAACAAUCUUUGGAGACUAUUCUGCUAUUGAUGUGCUACAAGCUGAAGUAUCCGGAGAACUUCUUCCUUCUCCGAGGAAACCACGAAUGCGCCAAUGUGACAAGGGUCUAUGGGUUCUACGAUGAGUGCAAGCGACGAUGCAAUGUCAAGAUCUGGAAGACGUUUAUCGAUACGUUCAACUGCCUGCCGAUCGCUGCCAUUGUCGCCGGAAAGAUUUUCUGUGUACAUGGUGGUCUUUCGCCAGCUUUGAGCCAUAUGGACGACAUCAGGAACAUUGCUCGCCCAACUGACGUCCCCGACUACGGCCUCUUGAACGAUCUCCUGUGGUCAGAUCCGGCAGACAUGGAACAAGACUGGGAGGCGAACGAGAGAGGUGUCAGCUAUUGCUUCGGAAAGAAAGUUAUUACUGACUUUUUGACCACCCAUGACUUCGAUCUUGUUUGUCGUGCGCACAUGGUUGUUGAAGACGGUUACGAAUUUUUCAACGACAGGGUUCUCGUCACGGUUUUCAGUGCUCCGAACUACUGCGGUGAAUUUGACAAUUGGGGCGCUGUUAUGUCUGUUUCUUCGGAACUUCUGUGUAGCUUCGAAUUGCUGAAGCCUCUUGACUCGAACGCUUUGAAGAGCCAUAUCAAGAAGGGUAGAAACAAGCGAAACCACAUGCUCAACAGUCCUAGUGUAUAA